UGCACCUACUACAGCAUCUAAGAGAAGAUUAGUUUAUCUUCACUAACAAAGUAAAGAAGCAAACGCACAGAACCAGGAUGGAUCCAGCUCAGUUGUUUCCAUUCUCCCUGCAACAUCCCAACCCCCACCAACACCUUCAGCAGCAACACUGGCAGCACCUUCAGCAACAGCAGCUCUGUCCUGUGAGCUCAGCUGCAAGGGUAAUUCCAUUUGUCCCCCAAACAAGAGCUGCAGAAAGGCAAAGAAAUAGAGUAGACUGGCAUCCAGGAAAGGAGCAGCAUGCUGUGCAGCAUCUCCCAGCCCAGGUGGACUCCUUCCAAAUCCUCCUGCCAGCUGUCUACCCGCCUCCGCUCCACCUCCAGCCUUUAUCGCCUGGUGAGCCCCUGUAUAGGCCCUACUCUCCUCAACAGUCCUACUGGCUGCCCAUGCCCAGCUACAGUUACAAGGCCGAGCCCUACAUACAGCUGCCCUUCAGCUCCAGGCCCGGGCACCUCCCACCAAUUCUGUGUCCGCAGAUCGUGCUGCUCCCUCAGACUCACUGUGCAAACCAGGUCUACAUAAGUUCGCCCGCAGAGGUGACAACAGCAUCAAGACAGAGGACAGAGGUGGAUGAAGGGUCAGGAGGUCAGGGGUCAAAGAGCUGUGCAAAAGAGGACCAGAAGAACAAUCCAUACAAAGGCAACCCAGGCAAUGAAAGCAACACAGUCAAUGAAAGCAAGACUCCCAAAGAAAACAUCCCAGCCAGUCUUACAGAGGACUGUUGUUUUCCCGGACCUACAGCCUCUUUAGAUGAGGAAGCAGUGAACAAACAUUCCAUUGACGAAUGUUUUAGUCUCCUAGGGCCCUUCUUUGACCAGCUGCUUCCCACUCAGGCUGAAGACCCCAGGGAGGAGGAGCAUGGAGAGGCUGGGUACCUGAACAUGGAAAACAGUUCCUUCCUGGAGUAUAUGGAUGAGCUGUGCAGAGACGAGGAGUUUGUCAGUAAGGUGGAGUCCACGGUGAAUAUCGAAGCCCUCAUGCCUCUCCUCUCUGCCAGCCAGGACCUUUUUGAAGAACAAGAGCAAGAGAUGAUCCUGCAGGAGGAGCUGCCUCCAUGUCCUGCAAACAGCGAUCAUUUCUACGGAGAAACACCUUCGGUAUCUUCACAGUCACUCUCUUUGGAUGCUCCAGGCUCCCUCUUUGCAAGUAGCCCCAAUAGAAACGGACAAAAUUCAUCCCAGAAUGAAGUUGGGAUCAGCUGCUCCCGCCUCCUGCUUUCAAACCUUUUAGAAGAACCGCCUUCACCCAAAACUCUCGAACAGGAGGUUCAGGCGAGCGAGGAGAACCAGACCAAACCCAAGACCAACAUUCUCGAAGCGCUUGCUGCGGUCCUUAAAAGAACACGUGGAACAGAGAAAGACAAGGAGAAGAAAAAACUGCAGAAAAAACAAAGAACCCAGUCAUUUAAGAGAAAGCGGAGCCGGGAAACAAAACUAAUGAGCACUGCAGAGCAGUUUCUGGAGCCGACAAAGAAGAAACAGCUCAAGAGUCCCAAUGUUGAAGGGAUUUUUCGCAACACAAUGCCCCAAGUUUAAAAAUCAUCCGCGUCAAACAACCAAGCCGGCGGGAAGAGGGGACGCUCGGGAGAAAACGCAGGGACGGCAAUGGAGCAACUGGAGUAGAGUCCCACACAAAAAGCAGGAAAGCCAAAAGAAGCUAGGAGCAACAGUUUGAAAGAAAAAUAAAUGAGUAAGAGAAAAA